CAGCUUCCAGCUGGUCGCUUCCCAGGCUUUUUCCGGGUAACGCAAGUCGUCGGUCCUGGCACGGAGGUGCGAGCCCAAGCCUCUUGCGCCACUAGGCCGCGGAAAGAAGCGUCCGUCCUGUGGCGGGUGGAAGUGGGUGGCCGCGGACAGCAGGAGUGGCCAUAAGGAGAACUUUACCACCUUGAAGAUUAAAGUGUAGUGGUUCUGAGCUAUUCUCGGUCCAAAUGUCUGCAAAACUGAGAGCAUCAACACUCCUUCCACAAAAUUCUAAGGAGCCUGAUAGCUUCCUGGUAGUGAAGGUGGACGGUGAUGAUGAGCAGGCCUGUGAUCUAGACUAUAGCCCAGAGACCUUCCGUCAGCGGUUCAGGCAGUUUGGCUACCAGGAGUCCUCUGGGCCCCGAGAGGCUCUGACCCGGCUCCGGGAGCUUUGCCAUCAGUGGCUGAGGCCAGAGAUGCACACCAAGCAAAAGAUUCUGGAGCUGCUGGUGCUGGAGCAGUUCCUGACCAUCUUACCAGAGGAACUGCAGGCCUGGGUGCGAGAUCACCGACCAGAGAAUGGAGAGGAAGCCGUGUCUGUGCUAGAGGAGCUGGAGAAAGAGCUUGAUGAGCCAACUGAGCAGGUCUUUUUUGGACAAAAUGAGGACUCGCUUGCUGAGAAACUAGUGCCUUGUGAAAUCAGUCAGCAUCAGAUACCACGUAGUCGGCACAAGCCUGCAAAGCAGCAGCAGCAGUCGGCAUCAUGGGAGCUUCACUCCUUCAAACGGAACGAUAAAGACACCAGAACUAUAAAAGUGAAAUCAGCUUCAAGGCAAAAGACUUCUCCAGGCAAAGAACCACAUUAUGAUGUUUCUAACACCCUUCAUAUGAAUGCUUCCCAGAGAUUCACAUACAGGAGAACCUGUGGACAAAAUGAAUGAAAAUGGGGUCUCUGGUUCUCACCAUUCCCACCUCUGAAGACCUUGGGUUGCACCAAUUAUUCUCCCUCUCUUCAUCCUUGGCCUUCCAUGAGGAUCCAUCUCUUCAACUUUAAAUUUGCUGAUGGGAUCCACCUUCCAAUGCUAUCUAUACUUUUCUAGAAUGUCCUUACAAAAUUCAAGACGAUGACUAAUCUCUGAAUGAAGGAGAGCAAAGUGACCCUUAACUUCUGUAUUUGCAUCCAUUUCUUUUAACCAGUGAUCUUUCUAAAGCAAAUUUGAUGUCCUUUCUUUGCUUUAACACAUAGGCUUUCCAUUGCUUUUAACAUAAAGUCAGAAUUCCUAAACAAGGUUUUUGAGGCUUUUCUGGAUCUGACCUCAGCUAACUACUUUAGCUUUAUCUCUUGCCAUUGCCUCUUUUAUACUCUAUACUGAAGACAUUCCAAACUAAAAGUCCUUAUGCCUCUGGGCCUUUGAAUGGUCCUUUUGAACUCUUAAUUAGCAUCUAAACUUUACUGAAUGUCUAUGUUCAUCAGGUUUUAGCUUGGAUGCCACGUCCUCCAGGAAGCCUACCCUAACACCCCAAGGUUAUGUUGAGACCACUAUCAUAUCCCUCUAUUGAUUCCAUAGCAAUCUGUUUUUAUCCCUGGUAUUUGAUUUAUCACAGAAAAUGAAGUAUUUUAAAAAUAACAAACUGCAAAUAUGGCCCCAAGGAAUAGGAGGAGGAGAACUGAUACUCUGGGAAGAAAGAAGUGAUGAGAUAGCAAAAGAGAAAAAACCCUCCUGGCACUGGGAAUGGUGAGACAUGGUAUCAUACACAAGUGUCCUUUCAUUUCUGCACCCAACCUCUGCAGAAAUGGUGGUGGUGGGGGGUGGGUUGGAGAGAACUUGAAGGGGGACAGGGCCGAGCCUACUUGCCAUUGAGUGCAUUGGCAGAACAAUUGCUGUCCUGUACUCUAACAUUGGGUUAUUGUAGAUAUGGUAAUGCAAUGUUAGACAAAGGGCCUCUGCCAGCUAAUGUGGCUUAGAAGAUAUUCAGCAGUUCUCCAUGCCCAACAGGGGCCUUUGAAAAUAGUUGAAUGUACCCCCUGUUAUUAAUUAUAAAAAUAACUGAUUGUACCAUUGCACGAAAUAACUUUGUGGAUCUUUUAGCUAAGAGCUGCAGGAUGCAACAGGCCAGAAUCAGCUUUGAGUCUCAGCCACACUUUAGAGGAGUGGCCAAGACCAAGGGGUAAGCAAAUCACUAAGGAAGGGAUACUUGCCUCUGGCAUAGCCAAAAAAAACAAAAAACAAAAAACAAGCCAGAUCAUUUGCUGCAGGUUUGGUGAGCAAGUACCACAGCAGACUAGCUGCAAAGAAUAGAGACUAGAGAAGAUCAGGAGGACAGCAAGCCUAUCUGAAACCCAGUCCACAGCAACACUUCACUUAUGAUGAUGUAAACCCCCUACUAGACAUCCAGAUGACAGGAAAGGGUAGAUGGAGUUGAACUUAAAAUGGACUGAAUAAUCCAAUUCUUUCACCCCACCACCCCAUGCCCAAUGGGGUGGAAAUUCAAGAAGCAAAAACAUCAGUUAUAAAAAUAAGUUUCAUUUUCCUUUGCAUAUUUGAGAAGCAAUGUGAUAAUUUUUUAUUCCACUAAAGACACUAUAUUUGCUAGUGUAUCUGUAGCAUCUUACUACACUGAUGGACAGUUACUGCAAUGGAGUAUGGGGGGGGACUCAAUAAUACGGGUGAAUGUAGUAACCACAUUGUUUUUUCAUGUGAAACCUUCAUAAGAGUAUAUAUCAAUAAUACCUUAAUUUAAAAAAAGACUAUAUUUGCUUCUGUGUUGAUCCCACCAUUUUAUGUUUCCUGAGAGGAUGGGCUGGCUCAUUCAUUGGUGUUUCUCAAGCAUCUGGCACAGUAUAUGGCCCAUAAUAGGCACUCAAAUACUUACAGAAUGAAAAUAUUUGCAAAUCAUGUACUUGAUAAGGGCUCAAUAUUCAGAAUAUAUAGAGAACUCCUACAACUGAUGAAAACAAAAGCCCAAACAACUCUUUGAAAAUGGGCAAGGGCAAGAAUAGAUAUUUCUUCAAAGAAGACACACAAGUGGACAAUAAGUACAGGAAAAAUGCUCAAUAGCACUGAACAUUUGGGAACUGCGAAUCAAAACUACUGUGGGAUACCACCUCAUACCUACUGGGAUUUCUAUGAUUAAAAAUAACAAGUGUUGGCAAGGAUGUGGAGAAAUUGGAACCCUUGUUCAUUGCUGAUGGGAAUGUAAAAUGGUACUCACUGGAAAAUUUUGGUAGUUCCUCAAAAAGCUAAAUAUAGAAUUACCAUAUGAUCCAAUAAUUCUACUCCUAAGCAUAUAUCCAAAAGAAUUGAAAGCAGGGACUCAAAACAAUACUUGUACAACUGUGUUCAUAGCAUUAUUCACAAUAGCAAAAAGGUGAAAGUGACCCAAGUGGUCAUCAAUAGAUCAGCAAAAUGAAGUAUAUAUUUAUAUACAAUGGAAUAUUAUUCAGCCUUAAAAGGCAAUGAAAUUCUGAUACAUUCUACAACAUGGAUGAACCUUGGAAACAUUAUGCUAAGUAAAAUAAGCCAGACACAAAGAGAUAAAUAUUGUAUGAUUCCACUUUCAUGAGGUACCUAGAAUAGGCAAAUCUAUAGAGGCAAAAAGUGGUUACUAGUGUUCAGCAGAGAAAGGAGUAAAUUUUUGUUUUAUGGGUCUAGAGUUUCUGUUUGGUGUGAUGAAAAAGUUAUGGAAAGUGGUAUUGAGAUGGUUGCACAUUAUAAAUAUACUUAAUGCCACUGAAUUGUAUACUUCAAAAUGGUAAAUUUUAUGUAUAUUUUAUGAUUAAAAACAAUCAUUGGAGGAAACAAAAAGAAAACUACUUUUAUAUAGUUCCUGCCCUGAGAAACUUUGUAUUCUAGCAAAAAAUAAAUAAAAAGAAGAAGAAACUAUGGAAUGAAUGUUGUUGAAAAGCAGAGGAUCUGGAAGAUAAAAUCCAGAUGAGUGUUUGGUGAAAGGACUAAUGUGAGUCGAAAUAAUAUUCUCUUUGCCACUAACACUGAGCACAGGCAAGGAUUAGACAAUUGCAGCAGUUUUAGAAGAUGAUUCAAGUGGACUAUAUAGGCCACAAAUCUUGGAUGGCUAGCAAAUAACAUUAUAAUUAGUUGUAGUAUCCAUCUUUAAAUCAAAGCACUUUUAUAAAGAAAUUAAUUAAUUGCUAUAUUGAUUCCUGAUCUGAACACAGCUUUUGAGGUCUGAUUCCUGAAAUGUUACCUAUUGGAUGUAUUUUAUUAUUUGGGUCUCUUAAUCUUGAGUUUGAAUUUAGCCCAGAUUAACUGCCUUGUUUUCUCUGAAGGAUUAUUUUUAUUUGAAGGCAACAAAGAUAUUGAGUGGUAGCUUAUAUAAGGUGUGGAAUUCUAGUGUCAGGCUAAUGACCAACCAGGUAUACAUCUGUUGUCUCUUCCUAUGAGGAUUGGCUGGCUCCAGUUUAUUGCAGGAGCUGUCAGGAUUCUAGGUAGAAUAUUUCCAUUUGGUAGACAUUCCCAUGUCAGUGGGGCUGUAUCAGAAAUGGAUUAGUCUGUUAAACUUUGCUUUGAUUCAUUGACUAUACGAAGUCUUGUCAGUUAGGUGGUUUUACAGUUUGACUUCUCAAUAUUCAUUCAACUCAAAAUGAUUACUCUAAGCUAAUCAUGGUAACCCUAUUCCACCUGCAAGUAAUUUUGAUUUAGGAAUGCGUGUAUCACCCAAUGAGACAUUAGAAGCCUGCUGCAUAACUUCUGGGAAAAGUUUGCUUUCUUCUAAAAGGGAGACUGUCUUGCCAAUGUGUUUCAGCUCUGGACAAGUUGGAUUCAGUGAGACCAAAAAAUGACAGUGGAACAUUCUUGGGGUGAAAGGGUUUGUACCCAACUUCAUUCCCACAGAGGCAGGCCAUCCACUCCGAGCAAGUCUGCAUGUAGCAAGCCAGUCUAUGCCUCUGGGCCUCUCUGCCCCUGCAGCCAUCUCAGUCUCUGUCCUCAGCACUGCCACCACUCUAGC